AUUUAAGGGGUAGUUCACUCAAAAAUGAAAAUCAGUUUCAUUGCAUUAUUUGAUUCGAUGUUUAAGUGAUUGUGACCGAGGCUAACAUGCUUUCCUUCUUUUGUGUUGCAUGGAAGAAAGUCACAUGAGGGACGGCCCGGUUUGACGUCUGCAGGUUAAAAGUUCACCGUGGGAUGUUUGGGCACCUUUGGUAAUCUGCAGACCAGGUGAAAACUUAAUGGACUGUAAACAAACUGAAACAUUGGCUAUCAAGUCGACAUCGAGUUCGGAUGUGGUUCUGUCUUUUGUGACUUUCGACACUGAUGCAGAAAGCUUGAGUUGAUUAUCCAGUUCCCUCGGUACAUUGUCUUCUGGGGAAUCAACAUAUUCAAAUACACUUUUGAAAAACCUCUUGAGGUCCGAAUCAUCCUGGCGGGAUGAGGAUGAGCGGUGCAUCGUUAGCCCACCACACCUCACUGCUCACAGGGUUUCUCUUUCUGUUGGGCCCCCUGCUGGUGUGCAGCCAAAAUGACACGGAGCCCAUCGUAUUGGAGGGGAAGUGUUUAGUCGUGUGCGAUUCCACCCCAACUACUGAGCCCACCGGGAAUGCCCUGGGAAUGUCUGUGCGGUCCGGGACGGGUCGCGUGGCAUUCUCUGCUGUCCGGAACAAUAACCACGAACCAUCUGAGAUGAGCAACCGCACAAUGACCAUUUACUUUGACCAGGUUCUGGUAAAUGUCGGGAGCCAUUUUGAUCCAGCACGGAGCAUCUUCCAGGCUCCCAGAAAAGGAGUGUACAGCUUCAGUUUUCAUGUGGUCAAAGUUUACAACAGACAAACAAUACAGGUCAGUCUAGUGUUGAAUGGUUGGCCAGUGAUCUCCGCUUUCGCUGGCGAUCAGGACGUGACGCGUGAAGCAGCGACUAAUGCAGGUCUGGUUACCAUGGAGAGAGGAGACAAGGCCUACCUGAAACUGGAGAGAGGAAACCUGAUGGGAGGCUGGAAAUAUUCCACAUUCUCUGGGUUCCUGGUUUUUCCCUUGUAGACAGAAUGCAAGAGAAGUGCAUGCAGAAAGAAGAGAAGCUCACAGAAACAGAAUAUUGCACAUGAGGGGCAUGUGAAUCAUACAAAACACUCUCAUAAGGAAAUAUCACUCUUCUAGACAAAGUUCACAGUAUCACUUUUCAAGUAACAAGCUAUGUAUUAUACAGUCAUUUAUAUAUAUAUAUAUAUAUUUACAAUAAAUGUAUCUGUUCAAUUUGAUGCUAUCAAUAUAAUUCAGAUUGUUCAAUCAUUUAAAAACCCUUAUUGAUUUUAUGACAGAAAAAUAUGUAUGAUUAAAUUAUAAACACUAUCAUCAGAUGGUAAUAAAGACAUUGUACUUGACUAUAGUUGAACUACUUUUAAUUAUAAGUAGCUUAUGGCUUGGGAAGAAAUGGUUUGAAAGAAGCUUCCUAACACUGCAAAGAUGUUUGCUGUUAUUGUCAAACCUGGUACAAUGAGUCUUAUCGCAUUUUCCAGCUGAAGUUACAGCAAAGAUUUCCUUAUUAAAGGAAGAGAUUUCAACCUCCAUAUCUGUAUUUUGACCACAUAAAGGCAGAAAUACAUUCUAAGCAAGCAUGUGAGUGCGGACCCUUCUAGCUUGGCAAGCUUGAUUUCAUGCAUAGAUGCAUUCCCAAAUGUGUCCGCAAUUCAUAACACAGCUCAAGUGCGCAUUGCAUUCUCAAUGUUGUCACAAGGGGUGCUAUAGUGAAAUUUGUGUGAACGGUCCGCUUCUACUGUGCGUUUGUUCUUGCAAGUCAACUACAGUCAUGACAGAGCGACAGUUUGAGAAUGUUGCAGAGCAAGUAAGUCAUUGGGCUCUAUUUUUGUAAGCGUGCAAAGAGCAGUGCUACACGCAGAGAACAUGCUAUGUGUCUUAUCCAGUGUUUGUGAAAGCGCAAAUUUUCGUGCCAGUGCAAAGCGCAAGUGAGCAGGACUGUUUGCGCUAUCUGUGGGAGUAUGUGCGCAAACUGUAGAUGUUAUGUUAGCAUAGAAAUUAAGCCAUUGCGCUAAGAUGUUUCAAAAGUGCAAAGUUUGAAUUUGUUCCUGCAUUUGCAGUUUGGAGAUUCCACCAGCAGGUGGUAAUAAAGUUCAUGUCCAAACUCUGAAAAUAUAGUGGAACAUCAAAUUACAGUAUGUCCCUAACAAUCGCCAAUAUAUUAGAUGUGUUAAAUUACCUAUAGGUCAUGGUUUAUUUUUCAAUUAUUAUAAUUGUUUAGAUUUACAAUUGUAUUUCACUUGACCCAGCCAUUUGCACUUUGGACACGAAAAUUUGCAAAACCCACUUGCGCAAAGACUUAGCGCGUGCUUGCACAAAAAUAUCAAAACUCCAUGGUCAUGCACACUGGCUUUAAGCUUAGCUUUAGCACUCUUAAAACAGAUCCAUUAUAUUCAUAGCAACAUACCAGAAUAAUAACACAUCCACUUUAAUGGUAUAGACGUCUGAAGGUAACCCUAUCGCCCCCUUGAUUACUGAGGUUUGCCACCCCUGCGUUCAUAAACUCGAGUAUGUUUUGGCCUCAACGGUCAGUGUGGACACAUCUGCCUGUAAGCCAAUCAUAUAAUGGCCCUGAUGUCUGGGCAAAAUUUUUGUGGUGUGGGAUAUAUGCAAUGUUACGAUGUUUCUUUGAGAAAGAGAUCAUACUGUAUCUCUAUGCCAGGAUAUUCUGUUUCAACAAUUCUUCAUUGUAUUCCUUUGCAUGUUAAUACAUGAGGUGCUUCCAUGAGCAACACCUUGACUCGUGAUUCAUUGUUGUGUUGUGCCAUAUUCUAAAGGUCAGAGUGUAAAUAUGGACAUGGGUGGCUACGGUUUCAAUUUAUCAUCAUUAUGUGCCAUCUGUUGUUCUGGCUAGAGACAUUAUGGACCCAACCAACAAACUUCAUCCACGGUGCCCAAGAAUAAGCGGAGGUACUUGUACAUAUUUGCUACUGGGAUGCACAAUAAAGGACACAAGCUUUUUUCCCUGGCAUUACUUGUGCCCUGUCAUUUCCAUUGGUCAUGCACAGUAGAAAAGGCCAUAGGCACACUAAUAUGUUUUCGUUUGACAAAGCAUUAAUGUUGCUACGUUAUGCCUCUCAUUCACACUAAAACAGUGAUUUCCUCCAUUGAAAUUGGAGUAUUUCAAAUUGGACAGCAGUGACAUUAGACACAGAGUUUUCAAUGAAAACCAUUGUCUGUGCCAUUAAACCGGAUGUGUUAGUAUUCAAAUAGCUAGCUAUAAGAUGAUGAUUUUCUCCAUUUUUCUCUGCAUGAAAACAGCUCUACAGAUGUUCUGGUGGCUUAUCCAAUGUGUGUACAUGAUUAAUGCCAGGGUCAGGAAUUAAGGGUGCUCAGGGCAAAAUUGUCACCAAAAAUUCAAAAUGUGGGGGCAAGAGAAUGCUGUUAUUAAUGCUAAUUACACAUUUUAUGGCAUUAAAUAUGAGUUGAUAUUGAUUUAAUUUUUAUUGAUUUAAUAAAUUCUCAAUGUCUCAAAGUCAAUGGAGAAGAUGUAAAAAAGCCCCCAUUAAGGUAAAAGAUGACCUAGAAAAUCUAAUUGUGGAGCAAAUAUUGUGCAUUAAUUAAAAUGUAAAAAAAUAGUUAAUUUCUGACACUGAUGAGCACAUGUCUGUUCACAAUUUAGCGUUAGAAUCUGAAAAGGGAAAACUCCAUAAUUUCAAAAGUCAUAUAAAAUUAUUUUUUGUGGUGAUUUUUAAUAACUAUCAAUAUAUUGUUGUAUUGUUGUAUUGUAAAUGCACUCUCUGACUGCAGAAAAUGACAGUUUAUGCUAACGUUCACGAUAGCAUCCAUUGUGGCAAUGCAGAGAAUGCACAGCAAUGCACCAGUGGAAGAGCUAGUGGGUGGCCAGGGGUGACCGUGGCCACCAUGGACCAAAGCCUGGCUACCCCAUUGGCCACCCCACUCGCAACUGCCGCUUUGGUAAUUUUUUUGUCUAGGCACAAUUUCGUUUUUAGAGGUGGAACUGUCUCUGUACAACCGCAACACACAGGUCUCCAAGGUCGCCGCACCUUUCUGUCCCGGGUGUCUCUGCAACCCCCCCCACCCCCACAAAAUGGAAAUGCUGCCUGACAAUUUCUGUGCCACUACAUACUGAUUGCUGGCCCCUGCCAGGCCACCCCUGUGAAAAACUCCUGGCUUGCGUAGCUAGAAGCAUUUGCGUUCAAAAAUCAACUUUUGAUUGGUCCAUUGGUUUCCAGAACAAAAUAUCAGCUUAAGGAAGCCCUGUAUAGUCAUGCUUGUUUUGGGUUUAUCUGAACCUGACUGGACACAUUCAGAGAUGCAUGCUUGCGUUAGAAAACCUCUAGACAGAAUGAAGCAGUUUUGAGAUGCGUUAUUAAAACUUUUACUAUUUUUAUCUAGUUACAAAGACGCUCAGAAAAGAAAAAGACACGAGAAGGUAACCCACGGUGCCACAGAAAUCCUUCCCUUAAACACAACCCUAACUUUAACCCUAGCACUAAAUCUCACCAGGGCUGGACUGGGACGAGAAAUCAGGGAUUUUUAAAUGGCAACUGGCCACCGGGAAUAUGCCUGGCAUGCCAGAUUACCAGUCCAGCCCUGAAUCUAACCCUCUACCUAACCUUAGUAACAGCGAAUGAGACUCUCUACAGAGUUGGGCUUCUGGGUUGUAACCUUCUAGACACUACCUCGAUCAACCUAAAACUCACUGAGAAGUGUCAUUUGACAACAUUUAAGUAAUAGCACACUCGUAA